AUGGCUACACUCAGAAUUACGUCACUGUUCGGGGGCGUGCUCUGUGCAUGUGUCCUGGCUUGCAUUGCUGAAGGCGAGCUCAGCGUUUCUUCACACACACGUGACAAAAAAGUCCCAGCUGAGUCUGGAAACAACGUCACUCUGACAUGUCGAGCUCCAAACAACAAGUUCAUAGUUGUGAACUGGAGCAGAGCUGAUCUGGGAGAAGAAUAUGUGCUCUUGUACCGGGACGAGCACUUUGAUACCACCAAGCAGCAUCCAUCUUUUAAGAAGCGGGUGGCUCUGCAGGACAGACACAUGAAGGAUGGAGACGUGUCUCUGAAUCUGGAGAAUGUGACGACUGCGGAUGCUGGAACGUACGAGUGUCGCAUCUUCAUAGAAGAAACACGCUCGUGGGAAUCUAUCUGCACCUCACACCUGUUUCUGCAAGAAGAUCAACCAGGAGGACUGAGAGGGGACGGAGUCAGAAGAGGACGUCACAGCCAGAGGCGGAGGCAGACACAGACUCACAGCUGCUGUUCAUUGGCUUCGUUCGACAAGAGUCGCAAGAGAGGAAGAGGCGGAGAGAGCGGGCAAACAGCCAACUCAAACUACACCAAAAUCAUCCCAGCUCAGUCUGGACAGAACAUCACUCUGCCAUGUCGAGCGCCAAACAACAACAUCAUAGUUGUAGAGUGGAGCAGAGCUGACCUGGGAGAUGAAUAUGUCCUUUUGUAUCGAGAUGAGCAGUUUGAUCCAGAAAACCAGCAUCCAUCUUUUAAGAACCGGGUGGAUCUGCAGGACAGACAGAUGAAGGAUGGAGACGUGUCUUUGAUUCUGAAGAAUGUGACGAUUAAUGAUAGUGGAAACUAUGAGUGUCGUGUCUUCAUGAAAAGAUCAAACCGCAGGAAGAGAGCUCAUCUGAAGACUAACCCCAUCAGCAUCAUCUACCUGAGUGUUGUUGAUCCUCCAGCUCAGACAGGAGGACACACAGAGGAUGGAGGGAAGGAGGAUCCAGUCAGUACAGGACGUUCUGCUCUGGUAGCUGGUCUGUCAGUCUUUGGUGUCAUUUGUGGUGUUGUCGCUGCUUUUUUGAUCAUUUGAAAAAUGAAAAAGUCAUAUUGGUUUGAACAAAAGCCAGUCUGAAACAAAGCUUGUUGCAACACUUUUUUUGUGUUUGUUUUCUUUUUUGGCGGAAUAGUAGGGAGGAAGAUUUGAAGAAGAUGCACAAAUCUAAUUAUAAAUAAUAUGAAAGUAGCAGCAGGGCUGUGCGAUAUGACCAACAUCUGAUAUCCUGAUAUAAACAUUUCUCAUCCCGAUAAUGAUGUAUAUCACAAAAUCUUGUAUUUUCAAGAUCUCAGGCAACUCUACCUGCGUGAAGUGCUUUCAGCUGGGCAUUAUGUACCUGGAGUCGAGUGUUUUCACCGAUCUUGAAGCUACACAUUUUUAGACAUUCAAAUUCUAACAUCCGCCUUUUUCUUUGAGUAUUUAUUACAUUGCGUGCUCCGGGGAAAAGCCCGUUCUAACGUUUUAGUCUCAGGUUAUUUUUAGCACCUGAUGGCUAAAAGACCUUUUUUUUUUUUUUUUCUCCCAUCUGUAAAUUCUCCUCUUUCACAUGAUUCUUGUAGAGGUGUUAGAAGAGGUUUGUCGUGUUUGAGUCCGUGGUGGGAACUGUUUUACAGCAUAGUUUGCACAGUACAGUACAAAGGUAGCCCCUCGUUUAGGAAGCACUUGUCUUGACUGGUCCUUCUGUGUGGAGUAUUGUUUGGUAUUCUCUGUGCCAGCAGUCACGCGGUGACCUUCCCAAUGAUUAAAAAAAAAAAAA